AUGAAAUUCUCGAACCUUGCCGCCAGCAUCGCGUCCUUGACGACCGUCGUGGCGCAGUCGUGCUCGCUUCCAUCAACCUACAGUUGGAACUCGACCGCGGCGCUGGCCACUCCAAAAUCUGGAUGGGUCUCGCUCAAGGACUUUACCACUGUUGUGUACAAUGGCCAGCACCUCGUAUACGCGACGUACCAUGACACCGGCUCUACCUGGGGUUCAAUGGCCUUUGGUCUCUUUAGCGAUUGGAGUGGCAUGGCGUCGGCGAGCCAGACGCAGAUGACCUCGAGCGCCGUGGCGCCAACCAUCUUCUACUUUGCGCCCAAGAGCGUCUGGAUCCUCGCCCAUCAGUGGGGUCCGACGACUUUCUCUUACCGGACUUCAAGCGACCCGACCAAUGCGAAUGGAUGGUCGUCAGCACAGCCGCUGUUCACGGGAACCAUUUCUGGUAGCGGCACAGGAGCUAUCGAUCAAACGCUCAUUGGAGACUCCACAAACAUGUAUCUGUUCUUUGCCGGAGACAAUGGCAGCAUCUACCGGGCCAGCAUGGCCAUUGGCAAUUUCCCUGGCAGCUUUGGCACGGCCUCGACGGUCGUCAUGAGCGACUCGUCAAACAAUCUGUUUGAAGCAGUCCAGGUAUACACGGUCUCCUCGAACCAGUACCUCAUGAUUGUCGAGGCCAUUGGGUCCAACGGACGCUACUUCCGCUCGUUCACGGCAACGAGCCUGGGCGGCUCCUGGACGGCGCAGGCCGCGACGGAGAGCAACCCGUUUGCCGGCAAGGCCAACAGCGGUGCGACGUGGACCAACGACAUUAGCCACGGCGACUUGGUCCGCACCAACCCGGACCAGACAUUUACUAUUGAUCCGUGCAACCUGCAGCUGCUCUACCAGGGCCGCAGUCCUUCGAGCAGCGGCGAUUACGGUCUUUUGCCUUAUCGACCUGGUGUGCUGACGCUGAAGAGAUGA